GAUGAAGUUUCACAGUUUGACCCUCAUCUCAUCCAAAGUAUACAAUCAACAUUCAAAGGUGCAGACGACGAUAGACGAGGAGGAGUAAGAAGAAGAGAAUAUGAGUGUUGUUUCUCAUUACGCGGUUCCCUCACGCUUCGUCCCUUCACUGUCCUGUGCUGCUUCAACUAUCAUCCGUUCUCGUUUCAGAGCCACCAUUCGAUGUUGUACCACCCUAUCCGAUACUCACUCACACACUACCACUCCAACCUCUAUAAAGAAACGAGUUGUUUCAGGAGUUCAACCUACUGGAUCAAUUCACCUUGGAAAUUACUUUGGCGCCAUCAAAAAUUGGGUUUCCCUUCAGAAUGUGUAUGAUACACUUUUCUUCAUUGUGGAUCUGCAUGCGAUUACAUUGCCUCAUGACACACAACAACUAUCCAAGGAUACAAAGUCAACUGCAGCCAUUUACCUGGCAUGUGGGGUGGAUCCUUCAAAGGCUUCAGUUUUUGUACAGUCUCAUGUCCGUGCACAUGUAGAAUUGAUGUGGCUGCUAAGUUCCAUAACACCAAUCGGUUGGCUGAACAGAAUGAUACAGUUUAAAGAAAAAUCUCGCAAGGCGGGGGACGAUGAAGUUGGGGUUGCCCUUUUGACUUAUCCUGUUCUGAUGGCUUCUGAUAUACUUCUAUAUCAGUCUGAUUUUGUCCCUGUUGGUGAAGAUCAAAAGCAGCAUUUGGAGUUGACCCGUGACUUAGCUGAACGAGUUAAUAAUUUAUAUGGAGGAAGAAAGUGGAAGAAAUUAGGCGGCCGAGGUGGUGCUAUAUUUAAGGUUCCAGAACCCCUUAUACCUCCAACUGGAGCCCGAAUUAUGUCCCUAACUGAUGGCCUGUCGAAGAUGUCAAAAUCUGCACCUUCUGAUCAGUCCAGAAUCAAUAUUCUUGAUCCUAAAGAUCUUAUAGCAAACAAGAUCAAACGUUGCAAAACUGAUUCACUUCCAUGCUUGGAAUUCGACAAUCCUGAGAGGCCUGAAUGUAAUAAUCUUCUUUCCAUAUACCAGCUCGCAUCUGGAAAGACAAAAGAGGAAAUUGUGCAGGAAUGCCAAAACAUGAAUUGGGGCACAUUCAAACCUCUUUUAACAGAUGCCUUGAUUGACCAUUUGCAACCCAUUCAGGUUCGCUAUGAGGAACUCAUGUCAGAUUCAGGUUAUUUAGACAAAGUAUUAGAAGAAGGUGCUAGAAAUGCAGCAGAUAUAGCGGAUGCUACGCUUCAUAAUGUUUACCAAGCAAUGGGAUUUUUGAGGAGACACUGAUGAAUGAGGCUAAGCAAAGAUAAACUAAAAGAUUGGUGAGACGGCUACUUAAUUUAAAGCUAACUUAUGUAUGAUUCGUCAUCAGCAUCGAUAUUUUGGAGUAAUACUUAUCAUAGGCAUAUGGUUGACUGCUGGAAGUGGAAAGAUUAUUUGACGCAAAUCCUAAACGGUUCCAUGUAUUAUUUGAUGCAAUAAGCUUGAUUACAUUAUUCUUUCUCUCUUUCUUUUUUGUUUUCCAUUUUUCCAUCUCCUUCAUUAUUUAUUUGUACUGUAAUAAUAUUGAUACCAAAUUGAUAAAUGAUUUUGCCAUUGUAUUUAAUGGAGACACGGCCUAGUCAUCUUA